AUGGAGUACUAUUACAAUAAUACCCCUGCUUACUACCAAAAUGACGUCUACUAUGACACACACAUUGAGCCUGAAGAGGAAGAGGAAUGGGAUCGGGAAAGUUACUUGGAUCCUAUGUGGGAAAUCCAGCAGAAAAAGACAUUUACCGCAUGGUGUAACUCCUAUUUGCGAAAAGCAAACACAUGUAUAAACGACAUUGAGGUUGACUUCCGAGAUGGAUUGAAAUUGUUGCAACUAUUGGAAACUCUUGCCGAAGAACCUUUACCGAAGCCAGAUCGUGGGAAGAUGCGUUUUCAUAUGAUAACAAAUGUCAACAAAGCCUUAAAAUACAUAGAAAGCAAAGGUGUACAGCUUGUGUCAAUUGGUGCUGAGCAAAUUGUUGAUGGUAAUAUUAAAAUGACUCUCGGCAUGAUUUGGACCAUUAUUUUACGUUUCUGCAUUCAAGACAUAACGGUUGAAGAACUUCAUGCGAAGGAAGGUCUGCUUCUGUGGUGUCAACGUAAAACCGCACCAUAUAGCAAUGUAAAUGUUCAAAACUUCCACACGAGUUGGAAAGAUGGCCUUGCUUUCUGCGCAUUGAUUCACCGUCAUCGGCCAGAACUUAUUGACUAUGCCAAACUAUCGAAGGAAAACCCGAUCCAGAAUCUAAACUACGCUUUUGAUGUGGCCGAAAAACACCUCGACAUUCCGAAAAUGCUGGACGCCGAAGAUAUGGUCAACACCAUCCGACCUGACGAGCGAUCUGUAAUGACCUAUGUCGCCGCCUACUACCACGCCUUCGCCAAUGCCCAUAACACGGAGUCAGCCGCCAGCAAGAUUGCAAAAGUCCUAAAGUCAAACCAAGAUACGGAAAAACUCAUGGAACAGUACGCCGGACUGGGAUCAGACCUACUCAAGUGGAUCAACAACCAGAUUCCCUUUCUGGCGGAUAAGACCAUAGAUGGAACGCUGCAACAUGCGAAGGAGAAACUGGCCCAGUACACGGCGUAUCGGGGGUCAGCGAAGCCGCCACGCGUGGAAGACAAGGCGCUGCUUGAAGCCCUCAAUAAGACCAUCCAGACGCGGCUGAAGAUAGCCAAGAGACCGGCAUUUCUUCCUCCCAAGGGCCAAUCCGUGGGUGAGAUAACCGACGCUUGGAACCGCAUGGAGGAUCUGGAGAAGGGCUUUGAGGACUGGCUGCUGCAGGAAAUCCGUCGACUGGAACAGUUGGACUACUUGGUGAAGAAGUUCAAACUCAAGUGCUCCAUCCACGAGGCCUGGUCGCAGGACAAAGAGGCGGCUCUCUGCCAAAAAGACUACGAGACCGCCUCGUUUCCCCAGCUGAAGGCCCUCUCCCAGAAGCAGGCAGCUUUUGAAGCCGAUCUCGGUGCUCACCAGACUCGUGUGGAACGCAUCGUCGCGAUUGCCGAGGAACUCAAUGCUCUUCAGUACGACGGCGUCGAGGCAAUCAACAAACGCACCCAGAACAUCGUCUCGCAGUGGGACCGCCUCGGGGAAGUUUCCGCCCAACGGAGAGACGAAAUUAACGUAGAGUUGACCUUGAAACGACUGGAUGUGCUGCAGAAAAUCGACACCCUCCAGCAGUCAUUCGCCAGACGUGUUGGCCCAUUCAGCAAUUGGCUGGAACAAGCCCAGGAGGAUCUGCAGGACAUGUUCAUUGCGGAUCGAAUUGAAGAAGUCGCGCAACUGAUAAACGGUCACGAGGCGUUCAAACAGGCUCUGCCUGCAGCUGAGAGGGAACUGAGUGCCAUGUUGAAGGAGGCAAAUGAGGUUAACCAACUCAUUCAACUGCAUAACCUUCCAAGCGCAGCAGCUGUCAAUCCCUACACCAUGGUCACGCAUGAGACACUUCAAGAUAGGUGGGACCUUGUGCAGAAGCUUGUGCCAGAGAGGGACGCUGCUUUGGACGCUGAAAUGGUCAAGCAACAGCGCAAUGAACGCCUGCGUCAGCAGUUUGCCGUCCAAGCUAACAAACUCGGCCCGUGGCUGGAACGCUCCCUCGACGCGUUAUUUGCAGCUCAGACCACUCCCAGUGGGGCUCAGCUGGAGCAACAGUUGGCGGGUUUCAGGAAGAUGGACGAGGAAUUCGCAAAGAUGAAACCAACUCUCCUCGACGCUGAACGGUGUUAUCAGGAUCUGCAAGCACACGGGGUCUACACAGUGCCGCAGACGUCCUAUACGAUGGACACACUGCGGCUGGGUUGGGAGCAACUCUUGACAAACGUGAAACGCGCCAUCAAUGAGGUGGAGGUGCAGAUUAUGGCGCGAGAGGCCUCCAAUCUGAGCGAAUCCCAGCUCAACGACUUCCGACGCUGCUUCAACCACUUCGACCGCAAGCGCCUUCGACGCCUGGACAUCUCCGAGUUCAAGGCGUGCCUCGGUGAUGUGGACUUUCGAAGGAUUCUUGCGAAUGUGGAUCCAGCUGGCUCGGGCUUCGUCACUUUCGACUCGUUCAUGCGUUUCAUGACCAAACAGGCUUCGGGCUCCGAAAGUGCCGAGCAACUAAUCGACUCCUUCCGCGUUCUGGCCAACGAGCAACCCUACGUGACAGAAGACGUAAUCCGUCGUGAACUGCCUCCCGAACAGGCGGAAUAUUGUCUGAGCAAGAUGAAACCCUACACCGGCGAGUCGUCUGCCCCAGGUGCACUGGACUACAGCGAAUUUUCUAACACCAUCUUUGGUGAAACCGACCUAUGA